AUGACAGCCAGCAAAAAGAAUAAGUCCAAUCUCCCGAACGCCCCAAACGUUUACUUCACCCUUCUCAACGGCGACACUGCAGAGACCAAUGCUGACGGAACUUUCGCCCUCAGACAAGUACCGGACAACGAGGCUGGGCUGUGUGGGGAAAGCAACGGCAUCAGUAUCUUCGUGGCCACCAAGAACCUCGACUAUGAAACCCUGCAGGCGUACAGACUCAACCUUCUGAUCGUGAAUGACCGUAACGUCCGUCUGGAGCAGCAGGUCGUAGUGAACAUUCUGGACGUGAAUGACAACGCGCCGCUGCUUCAGGCCUGGGACGGAGGGAUACUGGAGAACACUGGCAGCGCGCUCAUCACCACUAUCAGAGCCGUGGAUAAGGACGCCUCGCCGCAGUUCAGACAGCCACAAGAGGUCUGUGACAAAAUAUAUGAGGUUUUCUUUGACAAGGUGACAUGCCACACCUUGCGGCUGCCUGGCCACACGUGGGGAAACUCCCGGCAGCUAACACCUCCCAGACAUGCACACCUCAGUUCACACCCUCUGCGUUACUCCUUCGAUGCCACGGCGCCCCACGAUGUUGUGAGCAAGUUCGCCCUCAAAUCAAACGGAGAGCUUUGGAGCACGAGGCCCUUAGAUAGAGAGGAGGAGAGCCAGUACCGGGUGCCCAUCCAGGUGACGGACGGCGUGUCAGGACACUCACGGGUGACUACCUACUGGGUCACGGUGCAAGACCUCAACGAUGUGCCGCCCGUGUUCGACCGCUCGAUGGGCGUGUACGAGGUGCAACUGCCGGAAAACAGGGAGGUCGGCAAACCCACGGGGAUCCGCCUGGCCGUGGACGAUGCCGAUGAGGUCAACGAGUUCACCUUCGACAUCAUCAGCGGGAACGAGGGAAAGAAGUUUAGCAUCGAUGAAACGUCCAGAACCAUUGUGGUGGCGGCGCCUCUCGACUACGACUACCCCGUGAACGACAGGAAUUUCACGCUGCGGGUCCGUGUGAGUGACGGCACCAACGCUCCGGCGAUCACUGACGCGGUGGUGGCGGUGGUGAACGUGAAUGACCAGGACCCAGUGUUCCAGCGAAGCAACUACUCCUUCGUGGUGACUGAGAACACAGACUGCUCCGUGCCGCUCGGCCAGGUCACUGGAAACUCCCGUGAGCCUCGUCUGAGCACCGACUUGCUUGCCCUUCAUUUACCUGCCAGCGUUUGGUGUCGAUCGUCCGCCGCUCAGCCCUUGCCGUGUCAGCUGGAGGCACCGCGGGGAAGGUUAGCGCGCUGGACCCCCGACCUCCCGCUCUCCAUCAACCAGGACAUCCUGUACUAUCUCUCCGAAGAGGAUCAGACCAACUUCACCAUCGACAGUCACUCCGGCCACCUCUCCGUCAGGGGGUGCCUGGACAGAGAGGCCACGGCACAGGGCACCUUGAUCCUGCACCCGCGAGCCACUGAUGAGGGAGGGAAAGGCCACGACGCCGUCCCCGCCAUUGUGCACGUCACCAUUCUCGACCUUAAUGACAACUACCCAUACUUCGUGCGGCCGGCCCAGAGUUACGCUACAGUGAUGGAGAACCUGGAGCCUCACCUCGUGGAACCAGUGGUGCUGCAGCUCGGGGACUUGGACACGGAUGAGCAUGGAUGUCCCUGCUCCCUGGAGUUCCACGCCUCCACCCCCACCGUCCUCAGGGACAGGUUCACCCUCACGCCCCUCGGCAGGUCCCGCUACCGCCUGAGCCCCUCCGCUGUGCUGGACAGGGAGCGGCAGAAGGUGUACCGCCUCACCUUCACUGCGCGGGACAGAGAGGGAGUGGGCGGCUUGCGGCACCUUACCGUGGAGGUGGGCGACGAGAACGACUCCCCGAUGACAGACGGCGCCGCCACUAUCCGCGUGUACGAUUACCAGGGCCAGUUCCCCGCCAUGGUGAUUGGGUCGGUGCACGUGACGGACAGUGACGACCACGACCGCCAGGACAAGACCUUCCAGCUGGAGCCGAGCAGCGGCCUGGAGGCGGCGACACACUUCACGGUGGACCUGUACACGGGGGACAUCACCAUGCUGAGAGGCACGCCGGCAGGCACGCACACCCUCACAGUCAUAGUCCACGACAGCUUCCGGGAGGAGGUGGCCAUCGGGGUGACGACGAUCACUGUGGUGGAGCUGACGCAGGACGCCCUUACCCAGUCUGGAUCCCUCAGGCUGGCCAAUGUCUCCGCCAGGGCCUUGCUGCAGCAGACCGCGCCAGGUGCCGUGGGAACCAGCCUUUACGACAGACUCAGGAAACAGAUCGCAAACAUCCACCAGAUAUCAGAGGAUGAGGUAGACGUGUUCUCGCUGCGGGACGCUCCUGACGGGGAAGGUGUGGAUGUGCGCUAUAGCUGUCACAGGUCACCUCUCUACAGCGCUGCCCGCCUCAACGGUCUCCUGCUGGGUAGAAAACAACAGGUAUCCGCGGUGCUCGGCGUAGACAUUCCCCUUGUGGACAUUAACUUGUGCCUGAAUGAAGCCACAUCUCCCUGCGGCGGCCAGAGCUGCCAGCACACGCUGCGGCCAAAUCUCACUGCUCCGCUCGUGGUUUCCAGUGUUUCUGACUCCCUCGUCGGAGUGGACGUCAUUGAUGACUAUGCCUGCAGCUGCGGACCGCUGGAGCCUCCCCCGUCCGUGUGCUACCCAGGCUUCUGCCUCAACGGGGGAGCGUGCCACGUGAGGAAUAACACCCUCACCUGCACCUGUCCCGACGCUGUCAAUUACGGCCCGCGGUGUGAACUCCUGACUGCCAGGUUUGAGGGUAACUUUGCGUGGUACGAGCCGCUGACAGUGUGCGAACGCUCCUCCCUCUCGCUCACCUUUGAAAGCCGCGACAAAAAUGGCGUCCUGCUGUACACUGGACCGACAGUUCCUUCUCCUUGGCCGGAUUAUCCUAGAGACUUCCUGUAUGUCAUCCUGCGGGACUGGGUGGUGGAGACCUUCCUGGACCUGGGAACGGGAACCAUGAAUAUCUCCAUCCCCAUCGAGCCGAACCCCUUCAGACACUUCCAGUACAUCGUGACGUGGGGCGAGGGGCGCCUCACGGCAGAAGUGCUCAAUUGUGGUAUGAACACCACCGCAGAUGGCUAUGAGACGUGCAGGAAAGUUGUGCCCCUGGCAAGGUUGCCCAGUAGUAGCAGCAGCAGCGCUCCCAGCCACCUGCUCAACGCCCAGGGACCUCUGCAGGUGGGCGGCGUUGCAUCCAUGGUCAGCUUCCUCCAGCUGGCGGAUUCCUAUGGCUGGACCCUCACGCCGCCCAGCGCCUCCCCAUUCGCCGGCUGCCUGCUGGAGCUGCGCCACAACGACCGCCUCUACGACCUCAACGCCACGGACUUCACCAAGCACGCCAUUCACCCGUGCGACGCCCCCAGGACCUCCCGGGUGGUGUUUGGGCGGCACUCCAUCAUCAUCAUCCUCGCCAGCCUCCUCAGCCUGCUGCUGCUGGUGGUGGUGAUCCUGUGCCUGGCGCGCCGCGGGAGAAAGUCACUCUCCUACCCCGACCUGGACCGCGAGCUGGUCAAGGAGACGAUGGGCGGCACCGACCUGGAGGGCUUCGGCGAGAAGGACGUGACUCACUUCGACCUUAAGUUCCUGCAGGUGACCCCGGACGGCUACCUGGUGGGAGACGAGAACGAGGGCCCGCUGCCAGACGUGACCCAGGACGCCUGUCACAGCAGCACCAGCGGCCCCCCGACCCAGCUGCCCGAGGGCGUCACUAUCGGAGACUUCAUCAAAGAGAACAUUGUGAAGGUGGACCAGCAGCACCAGGAGGUGGAAGACGUGCGUCACUACUGCGUGGAGGGGGACGAGAUGUCUGCCGCCUCGUUGUCCUCCCUUACCUCCGGUUCCUCACGGGGCGACAUGAUCUUCGACUACCGGAUGGACUGGGGUCAGAAGUUCGAAAAGCUUGCACAGAUCUACUGCGCAGGAACUGAGGCGGACGAAGGCAGUGAGGACGACUCCCCCAACGCCCUAAAUAAGCCGUCCAGAAGCCCACCAUUCCUGCCUCUUGAGUCAUCCAGUGAACUGAGCAGAAAUGGGGUUCGGCCUUCUCCUCCUUCACCUGCUCCUUCUUCCCCAUCGUCUUCGGUGGCAGCCGGGAACAGGUCCUCGUACAUGACUAAAUCUCACAAGAGGCCGCAGGCACCCGUCCUUGUCACCAAGAGCACAGCUAGUGGGCCUCCGACUUAUGUGUCGCAAAGUAAAUUAAGUGGUAGUGCCCAAGUAGAGACCUCCUCGCAUUCCUCUUCACACAAGCUGAACCAACAGAAAAUCGAUCCUCAGUCAGUAUCAAGUAAUCAUAAGUUAAAAGCGCCUCCCUCAUCCCUUCCCUGCACACAGCAAGUAAAUGCACAAACUCUUAAUAAAAAUAAACGCAAGGUCGACCCUUCCGUUACUACCAUCAAUAACCUGUACACCAACCCCGCCCAGCGCUCCGCCGUGACCACAAAAGGAUCGGACGCCUCCUGUGACAAGCCAGAGAAAACUUCAAAGGAACCCGUCGUGAAUGGACACUUAAUCACCAGCCCAGGACCCCGCCAGUGUGCAGAAAAGGCCGCGCCACAGUUAAGUGCAGCGGGCACCAAAAAAUGUGACAACCAAAAGGCCGCCACGACGGCAAAAUCGGCGAAAGGUGUGGAAACUUGGUGUUGAUGAUUGGAAAGGUUAGAGCAGAGAAAAUAAGUGAACUCAAGAUGGUGAUUAGCCUUGCCCUACCUUUUGCUCAAUUGAAGCUUAAUACAGACAUUGUGUUCUCUGAAUGAGUAAAGUGCGGACUGAAUCAGCAGAUUGUGUAUGUGAGCUCCGAACUCAGAGGGGCUAAUGACCGGUGAAUGCAUUUGUCCUGUUUUUCCAUUAUUAAAAGUGUACUCCAUCGC